GGAGACGCAAGAAGUAUUCCUACACAGUAGAAGAUCCACUACAUGUCAUUCUUGUAUACUCAGGUUUGGUGUAUUUCACAACAAAUUUCCCCAACAUACACUGCUCUGCCAGUGGACCUAGACUAUGUACUAAUUCUCAGAAAUUCAGGGUUCACUCAGAGCUCACCUAGCAGCAGUAGCAACUUUCAUCAACAAGUUGUGGGAUUCUCAAUGCUCUCAUGCCAACCACAAAACAGUUGUAUAGUAUAGGAAAUCUUUUUAUAUAGGAGUAUAGUAAAUCUUUUCUCCCAAUCCUGCCAUCCCACUCCUACAUGGGAACUAAGUCUAGUGUUGAAAGGCCUCACUAGACUUCCCUUUGAGCCUGUGACUAUUUGUUUGCUCCCAAAUCUGUCAAUGAGAGUGGCCAUCCUGGAAGGAGAAUAGGGGAAAUAGCAGCUCUGAUGGCACAUUCCCUCAUACAAUAUUCUUUCCAGACACGGUCACACUCGGAUCACAUCUGCAGUUCACCCCCAAGGUGACCUGUUGUUUUCACAGAAAUCAACUGAACCUUCACACAAACCUUCUUACCUUCUACUCUAGCCUCACUGUGAUAACAGGGAGUCUGAACUACUACACACUAGAUGUUAUGAGAGCCUGAACCCUUUUACUUGGAUAGACCAGAGGCAUUUAGAAAGUCUCCCAAGCGUUUUAUUUCUAUGGCAGAGAGAUCCAAGGUCUCAGUAGUAUCAACUUAGGGACUCUCCAAAUGGCUCUAAAACGGUAUUAAAAUAUGCUGUCAGGUUUGCAACAUAACACCUCUAUCCAAUAUUCACACUCACUCCAUGAGGUUGGUCUGCUUCUCAGUUGCUGCUGAACUGGCAACAUAGUUGUGUUUCCAUAUAUAUGCAGAAUAUUAUACAAUUACUGGAGAAUCGGCUUCUGAUGCCAUCUUUGGUUCCACAGUAUUUUCACCCGUAACUGACUCAAGUAGAAGCCCCUGCCCACCAUUGAGGAUACAGCUCAAGCGUCACCUGCACUGAAACACCCCAUAGAGAGGCUACUUGAAGAAGAAGAGUUGCUCACCUUACGUAGUAAUGAUGUUUUUUUGAGAUGUGUCCUCUUGUGGGUUCUCCACAACCCACCCUCCUCCUCUCUACUUUGGAGUUCUUUCAAGGACACUGUGGUAGCGAAGUAACUGAGGUGGUUUGCCUGCAUGCACUGGUUAACCUUGAGGUGGGACAGCACAUGUGCAGGCCAAACUGAAAGUGCUGCCGAAGUUCUCUGAUUAGUAGCGAAGGGACACAAGCAUACCUACAGAUAGAUACCCACCGGGAGGGGCGUCUUGAACCAUUGUUUCCGCACAGGGUGACUAACUUUCCCUUGAUGCUUGUUUAUUGGAGUUUGACAAUUAAAUGAUCUGCAGGUUCCGUUUGUGCCAAGCAUGCUGAAGCCCAGAGGUGGCUGGGGGAAGAGACAUUCUGCAAAGGGAUAUGUGCUAAGAUUGGGGACAGAAGAGGGCAUGUGGCAGGAACACUGGGAAAUAAAGGUGUUGAGGGCCCUCAUUAGACCUUGGGUAGAAUCCAGGAGUUUUGAUUCUCAACUUAGCAAAUAGCUGUGAAACCUACUAGCAAAGGGUGUAUAGUACUCUGUAAUCAUUGGUUCACACAUGGCAUAAACUCUUACUGCUGCCGCCAAUCAUUGCUUUAGCUCCAGUGAUAAAGUGUCUGUAUUGUGGCUUUAAAGGUACCAACCUUUCUGAAGAUGCACUUGAGGAAUCAGCAUAGUUUCUCGUUAUGAAAAUUUUACUUUUGAAGUUUUCAGUGUUUAAAAAAAUUCUAUUAAUAUUAAUUAACAAAUACAAAGGUUGCAAAGUCACACCCUCUAACAAAUGUCAGAACUAAGGUUGUUCAUGCAGUCUUAGUCUUAAUUCCACCUUUUGUGUAUGUGUGCAUUAUGAUAUAGUCUUUAAUUACAGAAUCAUGCUAUUUUUUCCAUAGGGUAUCUUUAUCAUUCAUAGCACAGGCAGAGCCUGCUCUGGGAGUGGACCCAUGAUCGUGUAGUGAAUUAGAUUGUUGUCUAUAUGAUCCCUUAAUUGUUGCAGAAGUUGGUGUGUAGAGAAUGAGGUAGGGGAUUGCAGAAUGAAGAAAGGGUGGUCUUACGGUUUAGUCAGUGGAUUUUGUUCCUUUCUCUGCCAUGGAGUUCCUGUGUAAUAAAAAUAAGACUUUUCAAAGGUGGUCACUAAUUAUGUGUCCUUCAUUUUCUAGGUGCCCAACUUGAGAAUUUGCGCAUGUGGUAAGCGCUCGCAGCUGAAGUCAUUGGGAGCUGUGUUUUGAACAUAUGAAGUUCUAUAAAAAUAUUAAGUACUGUGAUUGAUGUACCAGGCCUUGGGUGUCUUAAGUUGAGCACCCGGCACGAGCAGAUACCUUUUGUACUUUCUGAACCUCAGUUCCUGAUCUGUUGAAUGGCAGUAAUAAUAACUCCCUACCUGAUUGCAGUGUGGUGAAGAUACACUGUGAAGCAUUCAGAUAGUAAUGAGAGCUAUAGAAAAGCCCAUAUGGAAAUUAAGAAUUCUGUAUUUGGAACAUAGUUUGACUAAUGUGCAGUAAAUAAGGCCUGGGACCACACAUUAAAUGAGGAUGAAAAUAAUUAUUGAAUAACUACCCAUCAUUGAGCACUGUCCAUCCUGUGCACUGAAUGAGGCAAGCAUCUUGUGCAAUAAAUAAUAUGUGAUCAUGUAAUUAAAGGCUGUGGCGUAAAGAUUGAGGUUACAGAGGCAAUCUAGGCUAGCUUUUCCUAAUUUUUUAAUGCUUGACUGUCCACUGUUACCUUUCUUUUAAUGUAGUCCUUUCCCCCUUAUUUAUAUGUAAUGUAUGGUAUAAUAUCAUGACAACUUUUCUUUCUAUCUGUACACUUAAAUGGCCUAUAGUAACUGAGCUACUGCUAGCUGUUUGACACAUUCUCUCUGUUCCUUCCCAGCAUAUUGAAGAGAUGUUUUGCUCCGUUCAUAAGGACUUUGCUUGUGUGCAAAUGAUUGUUUGUGUCUGCAUAAUUAAAUUGAGGUUGAAGAAACAGGUUCUGAACACAGUGGGUAUUGAGAACCUGCCGUUUGAAUUGCAGAGAAAUUUCCAACUCAUGCGAGAUCUGGACCAGCGAACAGAAGACCUCAAAUCAGAGAUUGAUAAACUGGCCACGGAGUAUAUCAGCAAUGCACGGACUCUGUCUUCGGAGGAAAAACUGGGGCUUCUCAAGCAAAUUCAGGAGGCCUAUGGGAAAUGCAAGGAGUUCGGGGAUGACAAGGUGCAGCUGGCCAUGCAGACCUAUGAGAUGGUGGAUAAGCACAUCCGCCGGCUAGACACAGACCUUGCCCGUUUUGAAGCCGACUUGAAGGAGAAGCAGAUUGAGUCAAGUGACUAUGACAGUUCCUCCAGCAAGGGCAAAAAGAAGGGCCGGGCCCAAAAGGAGAAGAAAGCUGCCCGUGCUCGCUCUAAGGGGAAAAACUCUGAUGAGGAGGCACCAAAGAUGGCUCAAAAGAAGCUGAAACUCGUCCGCACCACAGAGUAUGGGAUGCCUUCAGUGACCUUUGGAAAUGUGCACCCUUCAGACGUGCUGGAUAUGCCUGUGGAUCCCAACGAACCCACCUACUGCCUGUGCCACCAGGUCUCCUAUGGGGAGAUGAUUGGCUGUGAUAACCCUGAUUGUUCCAUCGAGUGGUUCCAUUUUGCCUGUGUGGGCCUGACGACAAAGCCAAGAGGGAAAUGGUUCUGUCCUCGCUGCUCCCAGGAGAGGAAGAAGAAAUAAAAUCCCUUGUGCAGUGGCCAGAGUCCCAUCUCUUCUGCCAGGGCAUCAUCAAGGAUCUCCUAGCCCCUGGGGUCUUGAGGUUGGGGGGAGUCUUGUCCUGUUUGUGGUUCGGGUGACCUUUGAAUGGCCUGUGCCCUCAUGACAGUUCAAGUGUGUUCUGUAUCCCCUUCUACCUUCAAAUUCCCCUUGGCGGUCCUUUUUGAGUGCUGCUCUAGAACAUGUCUCUGAAUCCCAGAGGGAAGGAGGAUAGCUAGGUGGCCCCCAGACUUUCAGGGGUAGGAUGGCCCCAUUUUCCUUGUUCACCCUUCACCCCACUUAGAGUCUGUUGCCUGCAUCUCUUCUUGGGGAAGCCAGAUUGAGGAAUUACCUGAAUGCCCGUGGGCAGGAGGUAAGUCUCCCGAAAUGUCAUAGGUUCCUAAUUUUACUAGAUCUCUCCUGGGUGUGGUGGUAAGCAAGCCACCUCUUCAUUUGACAGUUGGCUGAAAAGACGGAUUCCUUAGUCCUUCACUGCCCUACCUUACAUUCCACUAUUACCUUCAGUAUCAAGUGAUCUCUGUUGUAUGUGGGAGAGGAGGAUGUUUGGUGAUAACCUGAGUCUCAUUUAUUCCCCUUCUGAGGGAGUAUCUCAGGAAUGAGUAGCAUACUGUGUCUUGCAGGAAAGAGGAAACAUUUGUGAGCUCAAGCGGUGUUGCCUAUGUACCACUUGUGCUUCUCCCCUAGAGUCCCCAUUCCUUUUGUUGUCCAAAAUCCCCCUUGUAAAAUAUGGAAUUAAAUAAAAACCCAUUGAAACAAA